AUGAGCUAUGCGGAAGCGCUCAUUGAGAAGCCGAAGAAAAAGGCCCAAAAGCUAUUGCACAUGAUGCAUGUGUUUCAGCUUCAUAUAACGCAGCUGGUGCCGCUGUAUAAAGAGGUCGCUGAAGCAGACGAGGUGAUUCCGGCGCAUGUGUUUGCGGUGCAAAAGCUCGUGAACAUUGGGCAUCAGGAAAUGAAGAAAUUGCAAGCUGCCAGCGCCCGUAUUAGCGACAGUGUUGGCAGGUCCAAGAGUCUGCCAGCAGUCUAUGCCUCGCUCCGGACGGCUAGAAGGGAUGUGCGUAUCGUGCAAGAGGCACUUGAUCGGCUGCAGUUUUUCAAGCAGGAAGUAGAGGCGUGGACAGGAGAGGGUUUAGCAACCUUUCGUGUCGCGGCUCAUAACGUGGUGGCUGGCACUGUUACGCAAUCUCUGAACAUGCUCAAUGUCAUGGAGCGCAGCAAAGCGGGUCUCAUGAAGGCUCGCCUGCCUGAACACCUGUGGCAACUAGCGGUUCCUUGCUUCGCUUCCACCGAAACGGCCAGUGUGCUCCUUGAGCAGGUGCCUAAUGUACUGAUGGGAAUCAAAGGAGCAAAAUCACCUUGGGAGGCCGUCGAGCAUGUGAGCGCGGCGAAAGAGCUGCGUUCACAAGUAGCAGACUUGAUGCAAGCAUUUUCCAAUGUCGUGGUGGAGUACGAACCCUCUGUCUUUUAUAACCCUUACGAGGGGGAGGAGCAAAUUGAGUCCCCAUCAGACCCUUCAGGAGAAGAAAGAAUGGGAAUCACUUAUGACACCAGAGAACUAAAGCAGAAGCUCAUGACCAUCAUGGGCUUGACUGCAGAAACAGCGCAGCUUGCAGCCUCUGGAUUCGGAUGGCAAAUUCCAUCCUUGAAUGAAGAGGUGCAUGAAGGUUUUGCGAAUUCGGGAAUGCAAGGCACUAGGAAACACUCUCCAUUUCGGCGCUCGAGUGGGCUGUUGACUAAGCACAUGGAGCAAACAAACCACGCUAAACGUCUUGUUGUCGAAGUGAAUGACUUGCUAAAAAACAUGGACGAAUCCAUGUCAGCUCUCAACAUUACCGCAUUCGGAGAUGCGUCUACGUUACUUUCUUCGAUGAUGCAAUCGCAAUCAGUUAAUGCAGCUUCGGUCUGGACUGAUGGGAAGGCAUGGAUGCGUCUCGAGCUUUUGAUUCGAAAAGCGGAAAAGAUUUACUUCGAAGCGCUGAGAUCCUUAUCUGCUUCUAUGCCUUCCGCGGUGCUGUCCUUAGAAUCUAACCAACGAAACUUUCGGAGAGCCGUCGACUUGAUUUAUGAGGUGGAUACACCACAGGCCGCCGCGCCACUGGUCUUCGAGCUUUUGAACAAAAGCAUAACGAUUGAAAGUCUCGCUCGUGAGCAACUAGACGACUCCUUAAAGUCUAAAGCAGAGUUGCUGGAUGCUCUUGCGCUCUGGCCCUCUGGGACGGCGAAGCAGGAGGCUCUAAGAUUGGCGAAGGAGGCGCAGGAAGUUUUCAAGAGGGCUGAGUUGCAAAUCAGAAAGGUAAUGGACGCAGAGCACAAGAUUCUUGGCAGGCCGGUCUAUGCGGGAGAGGAGGACGAAGAAGAGGUCUUGCUCGUCAUGAGAAGGGCAGAGGCAACGAUUCAGCGGAGUAAGGAACAGCUUCACGCGUCGUGCACAGCCCUAAGGGCAGCCAGAUCAGUCUCUGAGCUUGCAGCGGCAGCCAGGAACGUGCUUGUAGCACAGGAUGAGGCCGUGACAGCUGCACAAGAAGUUCAGACAGUACGCCAGUCCUCCCUCCUCGAGCGAUAUAAGCGUGAAGGUGUGACCGACUAUGUGGGAAGCGCACUUGAGAGAUCGUCGGAGCUCCAUCGCGAAGCGUUGGACCUGUAUGCUCAGCUAGGCACUGCGCUACAGGAAGCUAGGAAUGCUCAGAAAACCCACGCGGAGCUCAUCAGCCGGUUUCAUGAAGAUAUGGGGAACUCGGUGCAUGGGCAAAGCAGCAAACCUCCAGUUGGAUUGGCGCUGGCCCCUAAACCAGCCUUGGAGGACGAAAAGUCAUUUGUUGAGGCUUUGGUGCAGCACAUGAAGUGUCUUACUGAGGCGACAGCUGAAAACACAAGGGAAGCACUUUUUGACAUCCCGCUCCUUCGUCGAACGGCAACAGCAGCAGCAGGGGACAUUGCAGAACUUGUACUGGCCGUGUUGAAUGCAGACACUCGGGUGUACGCGCAGCAAGUUAGUAGCGAUAUGAAACAAUUUCUCAAAGAUUUAGACGCGCUAUUUUAG